ACUCCGACAGAUCAUGUGACGUGCACCGCGCGUUGGGUUGGCGUUAUUUGGCUUUUUGAUUUCUUGCGGUCGACGACUCCUGCUCAUCGUCACCCACGACGACCAAGACCCGUACUGACAAGGCCUCUCGCUGUCGGUUGUGAUGAGCAAUGAAUAUCCACCUCUAGCUCUUGAUGACCUUGUUCAUAUCAUAUCCCUCUCCCCGGCGCCACCACUUGCAACACUGGAUGACUCUCAACUACCCCUCCGGCCCAAAAUCGCAUCUCCUAGGCCCCAAAAUGACACUGACAUACAAGAAGUGCGUAUGAAUAUCAUGGACAUGCAUGAUCUCGGUGGAGGGGAGAAAGAGCUACCCGAUAUAAUGGCGAAGGAAAAUGAUGUCGUGCAUUCUGAUCCAGAGCAAAUCAUUAGACAGGCCGAAAUUAUAUCCUGCCUAAUUGACCAGCGUGAUAUACUCGUGCGACAGGCAGAGGAGCAGAGAUUGCGGUGGAACUCAGAGAAGGAUAGUUGGGCACGAAUGGCCGAAGCACUUAUUACACAGCAGGCCAAGCACAGGAGUCCGUCCGACAAAGAUGAAGAGCUUGAGCGACAACAUGCUAUAACUGAAGCAGACAACCGAAGUCUCCGCCAACGACUUCAUGAAACUCAAUCACGUCUCUCCAUCCUCGAAGGCGAACUAUCCCGCCUCCGCCCCUUGCUUCUCAUGCAACCUCUCGCAUUAAAUGGGACUGCCACCUUGAAUCAAGUACCAAAGACUCGUCCACACCGGCGGAGAAGGAAAGAUCAUCCACUAACUACGGAGGACGAGGAUCCUGGCCCUGAUCCUUCUGAUGAUGACCAUCCAGGAGACCCUGAGGAUACACCUACGACCACGCCAAAGCAGAAAUCUCGUACAGCGGCAGCAAGUCUCCAUCCGCAUCCUUCCAAGCGCCGGCACUCUCAAAGACAAGCUCCCCGAGUUCUAACUGCGGAUGCAAGAACAGAACACUUGCUCCUAGCGGCAAAGAGAAUCGGAAAACAGCGUGCUGGUAUAAUGGCUGGCCUCACACAGACCCUGGAUAAGCAGCGAGAGGAAUCAACAUCAACCGUCGUUGCUACCCCCAAGACACCAAAGCGCAUGGCAGCUGUUCCCCCUGGGCCAGGGUACGUCUAUCUUAAUAGUCCUAUGCGCCCAGGUGCUGUCCCCGUGCUUGUUCCAGCAUAUUCACACCACCUGCUACAAACUCCGAGCUCUUCUAAGACAGCAGCUUCAGCGUCUUCCUCUACCCACCAACAGAAGAAGCAGCAAGGUGCGCGUAACCAGAACCCACCAACGCCUUUGGACUCUCUUUUGAGUGCAGCAAGGUCAAUGAUGGAUAAUGAUGAAGAUGAGGAAGAGACCGUCACUGGCACAAGGCGUUCGCGAUCAAGCGACAUCCCUGAUAGUCCUGUACCGAAACGCAGGAAAAUCGCUGCCCGAGACAAGGUUAGUGCGCUCAGAGAUCAAGCAAGAGAUCAAGGUGCAAGACAACCAAGUAGUAGCUCAGCUGGCUCCAAUUCGACUGCUGUUGGCAGGGUUAGAUCAGGGCUAGACGUACUAGCUGACCAAGCCGCCGUAUUCUCUUCGCAAGAUCAGCAGAGUCAUUUGGAAUUUCGCUCACUGCCCAAGGGCAAAGGGAAGGAGAAGGCUCCCAGCAUUCCUGAUAAAUCCCUCGACAAUCAACUGAGAGAGAAAAGCAGGUCAAAAAAGAAGCAAUCCGUACCUGACGUUGCGCCCCAGCCUCCUCGGUCCCGUCGUCCCUCGCCUUUACCCCGAGCAAAUGCAGUUGACUGGGGUUCUGGGCCGCCAAAUCUACACCCAGUCCAAUGGUCCGAUGGACCUACACAAGUUUCGUCCGGGGACCCCGGUUCUGCUCGUGAAAUCGCGACCGCCUCAACGCCUUCCCCCACUCAGCCUAUGACAAUAUCCCCUACCCCUCCUCCGCGACCCGAGUCGGCUGAUCAGGUGAGGCAUGAUCCUCCUGGCAACGGGGCUACACCACCACCAAUACCUCCCGCCGAGCCCACUCCCGAUCCUAGUGUGAAUGCGCCCCCCAGUCAGUCCGCACUCGUUGAUCCAUUCCUUGUGCCUCUUUCUCCUCGGCAUGAAAGUUCCACAAUUACAGAAACUGUGGCCCCAACAUCUGUACUACACCAACGGGCAGUCACAACCCCGAUCAGUAGUAGUUGGGGAGAUGCCCCGUCGGAUUUGCAAGCACAUCUGCGACACGAGACAGCUCCUGGAAAGACUGACGCAGGAAGUGCUGAUUCGAUCGUUGAUAAUACCGAACCGAGUUCUAGUCCCGGAACCGGAAUAGAAUCUGUGGCGAUCACGAAGAACAAGGAGGUCACCAGGGUUGUAGGCCAAGAUGUCCCAAAGAGGCAGCGAAGUCCUUACGUCAAGUGGAGCAAGGAGGAGGAUGAUCUACUUGCUCAGGCUGUCGCCAAAUACGGACAGAAGUGGGACUUGGUCCAGAAAGCGUUACCAUCAAGGGGAUAUCACCAAGUUCGGCAGCGAUGGCUUCGCAAGCUAGGGGUCUUUGACAGUAAACCAGACCUGUCUGCCUUCCAAACCGGUAGUUUCCCAUCUGGCUCACGUUUAGGAGAGACACCAGGAUCACCUGUUCCGGCUGAACCUCCUCCAAAUCCGAAGCUGGGACUUGCUCCGUUGAGCAGUGAACUUGCUUUUUCGUCGUUCUUAUCUGGGAGAGGGGAGAGUCGACCGUCGUAGCAAGAUUGUUGCCAUCUUGGCAAUGCUGAGAGUAUUGUAUCUUACUGUUUAUUACUAGUAGCACCAGUCGCCGGUCAUAGUGUAAUCGUUGCGUGGGUAUUAUGUAUGUAGCAGCUGCUUGAUUUUUUUUUCGGAUUGUAAUGAAGAAUACGACACAGCUUACC